AUGUGCAGUGGAUCAUUUAUAAGUAAUUCUUGGCUAUUAACAUCCGCACAUUGUGUUAAAACAAACCUUCUUAGAGUAGAUGUCUUCCAUGCUACAAAGAGAGAUUUGAGUUUAAUCGCUCAAAUAGAGAAACGUGAUAUUUGGCCACAUCCAGAUUUUGUACUAAACAACUAUACUGUAGCAAAUAAAGAAAAAGACAUAGCCUUAAUAUAUUUAAUACAAUCAAUAAAUUUUGACACAUAUAAUAUUAAUCCUAUUAAAUUAGCCACAAACUACCCUAAAGUUGGUGAAACAGGAAUUAUCACUGGCUAUGGAGAAGCAGAAGUUUACUCGGUUGCACCUAUAGAAGGAACGGUUGUGAUAACUAAAUGUCCCUUUCAAAGUACCAAUAUAAUCUGUUCUCAAGGUCGAGUGAGAGCAGGAUCUGGGGAUUCAGGAGGACCACUGAUUUAUAAGGAGAACUUAAUUGGUGUAAUAUCAGCGGGAUGCAAGGAUGAACAUAUAAAUAGGAUGUGUUUAACUGUAUAUACUAGUGUAGCUGCAAAUAUGAACUGA